UUUCGACCUCCACUCACUCACCCACCCCCCAUCUCAUAAUUUUAUAUUCGUCGUCUCCUUUUUCAAAAAGGGAUUAGUAGGUUACAGGCGCUUAGAAAUCCGAACUGUAAGAGUAAUAUUACAUCUCCAAUUCCAAGGCGCCAGUUCGGACUACGGUCACUGUAUAUUUUUUUGGUUACCAAAGUAACAUGUUGUGGGAUAGUCCUUAGUAUCGACUAUUUUUAAGCCAAAUUUAGUGCAAAACUGUGUGUUCAAGUGUUUAUGAGUGUUUAAUAUAAUAUACAUUCUGUUUAAGAAUAGCUAAUUGACCAGGGAUCAAAUUCAAAACUUGACUACGGAUAAAGUUUCAGUAGGCCUAAUUUGAUGGACCUUUUUGUGUUUCUUCUUGGUGGGAACAUAUAUCAAUAAAAUUAGUUUAAAGUAAAAACAAAAAAAAAAAAGAAUAUUUUAAUUUUAUGUUUCAAUUAUAUAUUACAUAUAAUUAAUAUGUAAUAUAAGUAUUAUGUAAUGCUAAUUAGCAACAAUAUAAUCAACCACUGCAGGGCUAUUGUUAAAUGCGAUACUAACUAAUAUUAGCCUAGGUCAUAAUUUGUGCUAACCUAGGAACUAAGUCUUAGCCCUAGAUCUAGAUACUUGAUCAAUGACAAUGAAAAGAAUCGCUUCAUUCAGUGACUUGUGGUCUAUAUAGUGUAUCUUCUGUUCAAACAAGCUCAGUCAUUCAGCAGAUUUUGUGUGUGAUAUUUUAGUGAACAAGUGAUUCCGCCAAAUGUGGUAUGACCAGCAUGCCCGGUUAAGUAAUUGCCACGACAGCUUCCUGUCUUUGCCCAGUAACAUCUUCGGGGCAACGUUUUCGCUAGGAUUGCCCAGCACAUUGGAUUCAGCCUCAUCGGGCAGAGACCUGGGCAACGAAGCCAUGAUGCACCAUCGCAGUGCUCUGGGCGUCCAUCAACUGCAUUACCAAGGGCGCUACGGGCUGGAGCUGGACAGCAGGGAGUUGAGCCCCUCGGACAAGGCUAUGGCAAGAGACUUCAUCAUUAUGCCCCCUCCUCAAAGCCGAGCCGCCCCAAACAGUCCGGCGUCGUCGCCAGCUAAGAAACCCUGCCUGGCUUCCUCCUGCUUCGACACAGAGGCCGCCGUCGUGGGGCAACACAGCGCCCAAAAGGUCGGCGAUGCCGAGGGCGCCGACCACAACCACAGCGCGGACAGCGGACUGAACGACAGCCUGGACACGUCCGAAGGGGCGGCGGUCACCUCGGACGAUGACGUCACGAAGCAGUACGACGACGAUGACGUCAGGGUCUCCUCAAAUGACGACGACGAUGCUGCCUUAAAGAGCUAUGACGUCAUGAGCGAUGACGACGCUGACCGGAAACACCCGACAACACACCACAGCUCACCGGACUACAGAGGAGAUUCAUCGCUGGAUGACAAUCAGGUGCGUCGUUACCGGACUGCAUUCACUCGGGAACAGAUCGGCCGUCUGGAGAAAGAAUUCCUGAAAGAGAAUUACGUGUCCAGGCCUAAGAGGUGCGAGUUGGCUGCAUCAUUGAAUCUACCCGAGGCUACUAUCAAGGUCUGGUUUCAAAAUCGUCGUAUGAAAGAUAAAAGGCAGCGGAUGGCUCUGGCUUGGCCGUACGGAAUAGCUGAUCCUCACCUGUACGCUUAUCUUGCUGCAGCUGCAGCGUCUUAUCCUUACGGGAUACCUCCAUCACCUCAUGGCUGUUAUACACCCCCAGGAGUUCCUCUGUCACAAACGCCCCAGCCAUUUUCUCCCUCGUCGCACCUGCCGAUGUCUUCGACAGUUAGGCCGGCGCCCGUGUCGCCGAGUGACUUUCUCGGUUCCUACCUUCGCCAAAACGGAGUCGGGGCUUUCGGCAUGGGCGCACCUCACGGGAGUCCUCACCCGAAUUUCCCUCACACCUCCAGCCCCCUUUUGAGGUCGCCGCUGGAUCCGACGGCCAUGUCUCUUUUGGCUGCGCACGCCUCUUCGGCUCUGACGUCAACGCACCUGACGUCACCUCACUUUCUCUCAUCCCUCGACUCUGUUCGAUUGGCCGCUGCAGCAUCAGCUUCGUCCAAUCAGAGCUCGCCAUUUCCUCACUCGCCCACCACGAUGUCCUCCAAUCACCAGCCUGGACUCAGCCCUGCUAACCUUCGCAGGGUCAGCUCACCGAUACACGCUCCAGUGGCAAAGAAGGCCGUGAACUUACCAUCGACAUCAUCGUCAUCAUCAAAAGGUCUCUUUCGACCUUUCCAAACAGAUUCUGAAAGAAACUAAAUUCUACAAAACUUCAAAACAAUAAUAACAAAAUAAGCAGGAUGACUUUGCUUUCCCAGAAUUCCAGUUGAAACGUAGGCCUAUAGCCAGUGGUCAAGACUUUAGUCAACAAAUAAACAGUCCUUCUGCAUUUAAAUUCGCUUCAAUGCACACCAAUGUCCAGACUUAGUACCGAUGGGUUGAUAGUUGCAUUGAAAAUAAUUACAAUAUAUCCCCUACACAGCAGAUUUAUUAUUAAGUCUGACCGGAAAUAAUACACCCAUAUGCCAUUAAUGUGAGGAUGAUGGGUGAAGGAGUAAACUUUCCCGCGUGUUUUGUGCUUUAUAAAGAUUGUAAUAGAACUACUUUUUUUUUUUUUAUUUGCAAAAGGUCAACAACAGGCUAGCCUUUAAAAUAGGCUAGGUUAAAAACGCCACUAGAUGCACAACUCACAAGUUUAAGCUUAACGACCUUUGAACCUAAAGACGCUGUGCUACUCUUUCUUUGUUUACAAGAGUUCAAUAACAAACAAUAAAUAAACGAAACACAAACAUUAAAAACUAAAUAAGAUUAAACUCUUAUUAUUGCUUAAUGGUUUUGGACCACUUCAUGUCGAAACUUGCAGGGUGUCAGGGCUAACCUAUAACUGUAAUAACAAUAUUCAGUCGAGACGUUGGCUUUUUAAAGUACAAUUGUCUGUUUUCGAAUUUACUUUUAAAAAAUUAAUUUCUGCAUAGUUUAUACUAACAUAAACUAAUAGAUACACUGAGGUUCCAAAAAAUAAAUAAUUGCAUUAAAGCC